UGCGCCGACGCUUCCGAAUUUUGGACUGUCUUCUUCGACUAACAUCUCGGCUUCGUGAGCGAGAAAAACGUCCUGUAACUCCCCCCAAUAGAAGAAGAGAAGACAUAGUGAAGAAACCCUAUCCCCUUCCUUUCCUUCGCCAUCCUCGACUCCCCAUGCGCGGAGAAUCAUAAACCCUACUCCUUCCUUUCUAGGGUUUCGAAGGGACGAAGAUGGCGCCCAUCCUCAACUACGAGCAGCACGCACAACGACUCAUCGAGCCCGAUUUACCAUUGCAGGUGCGGCUGCAGAUGGUGAUGGAGGUGAGGGAUAGCCUUGAGAUCGCACACACCUCGGAGUACCUGAACUUCCUCAGGUGCUACUUCCGUGCCUUCUCGGUGAUCCUUACACAGCUGACGUCGCCGCAGACCACCGAGAGCGUAGAACACAAGCUUCGCUACGUGGUGGUCGAGAUCCUCAACCGCCUUCCUCACAGCGAGGUACUCCGUCCCUUCGUCCAGGACCUUCUUAAGUUAUCUCUGGCUGUGCUCACUAACGAUAACGAGGACAACGGCUUCAUUUCUGUUCGCAUCAUCUUCGACCUACUUCGUAACUUCCGCCCCACCGUCGAGGCUGAGGUCCAGCCAUUCCUCGACUUUGUCUUGUCCAUCUACCACAACUUCCCAGCCACCGUCGCGCACAUUUUCAACUCGAACAACAAUGCCAACCCUUCUUCCUCGGGGUCUUCUGUCACCUCCCCUUCCCCGCUACCGCUUCCACCUUCCCAUUUAUUGGGAAGCAGGGGGGAUGAUGGCGGUGGACUCGAUGCACCUUCUGGGAAUGGUGGCAUUGGUGGCGUAGUAGUGCCCUACGCAGGGGCCGGGCAGUUGAACCCUAGCACAAGAUCAUUCAAGAUUGUCACGGAGAGCCCCCUGACAGUGAUGUUUCUGUUCCAGCUUUACCCCAAGCUUGUUCAAACGAAUGUUCCUUACCUUUUACCACUUUUGGUUUCUGCCAUCGCCAUCACUGGGCCAGAGAAGGUCUCCAAUAAUCAGAAGCCUCAGUUUGUUGAACUAAAGGGAGCACAAGUCAAGACUCUAUCAUUCCUAACUUACCUGUUGAAGACACAUGCUGAUUAUAUAAGGCCACAUGAGGAGAAUAUUUGCAAGAGUAUAGUGAAUUUGCUCGUGACUUGUCCAGAUUCUGUCUCCAUUAGAAAGGAAAUGUUGAUUGCUUUAAAGCAUGUUCUCAGCUCUGAUAUAAGAAGAGGACUUUUCCCUUUGAUUGACACACUUUUAGAUGAAAGAGUUUUAAUUGGGACUGGACGGGUUUGUAUUGAGACACUGAGACCAUUAGCUUAUAGCCUUCUUGCAGAAAUGGUGCACUAUGUUCGAGGGGAGCUUUCUCUUGCUCAGUUGUCACGGAUUAUCUAUUUGUUCUCAAGAAAUAUGCAUGACUCAUCUUUAACCAUUGUCAUUCACACAACCUGUGCUCGUUUGAUGCUUAAUCUGGUGGAGCCAAUAUAUGACAAAGGAGUUGACCUCCAGAGCAUGGAUGAAGCACGAGCUCUAUUGGGUCGCAUAUUGGACACUUUUGUUGGGAAAUUUGUGACCUUUAAACGCAUUGUACCUCAGCUCUUGGAAGAUGGUGAGGAAGGAAGAGAGUAUUCUUCCUUGAGGUCAAAACUUGAAGUUCCCAUUCAGGCUGUUCUUAAUUUUCAGACUCCAUUGGAAUAUGCCAAAGAAGUCAGUGAUUACAAAAAUUUAAUUAAAACAUUGGUGAUGGGAAUGAAGACUAUAAUUUGGAGCAUCACAAAUGCUCAUAUGCCACGCUCACAGGUUUCUUCAUCAUCACAUGGUGUUCAACAGCAAAUGCAGGCCUCCCCAUCAACUAAUGUGUCCCUUCCUCAAACAUUUAAAGGGAUGCGGGAAGAUGAGGUUAGGAAGGCAACUGGGGUUCUGAAGAGCGGAGUUCACUGUUUGGCACUGUACAAGGAAAAGGAUGAGGAAAGGGAAAUGUUACAGCAUUUCUCACAGAUUCUAGCUAUAAUGGAACCUAGAGACCUCAUGGAUAUAUUUUCCCUAUGCAUGCCAGAACUUUUUGAGUGCAUGAUAACCAACACUCAGUUGCUUCACAUAUUUUCUACGCUCUUGCAAACUCCUAAAGUGCUUCGCCCUUUCAUGGAUGUCUUAAUUCAUUUCCUUGUUGAUAGCAAACUUGAUGCUCUAAAGCAACCAGAUACCCCUGCAGCUAAGCUUGUUUUGCAACUCUUCCGUUUUUUGUUUAUGGCUGCUGCAAAGGCUCCUGCAGAUAGUGAAGGCAUACUUCAGCCUCAUAUACCUCCAAUAAUGGAAGUUUGUAUGAAGAAUGCUACUGAAGUUGACAAACCUCUUGGCUAUAUGCAUCUUCUUCGUUAUAUUUUUCGGUCAAUGAAUGGUGCAAAGUUUGAUACCCUUCUACGAGAUCUUAUUCCGUCUUUGCAACCUUGCCUAAAUAUUUUCCUAUUAAUUCUUGAAGGACCUACUGGUGAGGACAUGCGGGAUCUUAUCUUGGAACUCUGCUUAACCUUACCUGCACGUUUAAGUUCUUUGCUUCCGCACAUUCCUCGUCUUAUGAAACCUCUUGUUCUUGCUCUAAAAGGAAGUGAUGAUCUUGUCUGUUUAGGUCUCCGGACUCUUGAAUUCUGGAUUGACAGUCUGAAUCCUGAUUUCUUGGAGCCUAGCAUGGCAAAUGUUCUGUCAGAGGUUAUACUUGCUUUGUGGUCUCACUUGAGACCCCUACCUUAUCCGCGGGGGCCCAAAGCCUUACAACUUCUUGGUAAAUUAGGUGGUAGAAAUAGGCGUUUUCUUAGAGAACCUCUUGCUCUUGAGUGCAAAGAGAAUCCUGAACAUGGGCUUCGUCUAAUUCUUACAUUUGAGCCUUCUACACCAUUUUUGGUACCUUUAGACCGGUGCAUAUAUCUUGCUAUGGCCGCUGUUACACAAAACAAUGGUGGCAUGGAAGCAUUUUAUAGGAAGCAGGCUUUGAAAUUUGUUAGAGCAUGUUUAGCAUCACUUCUCAAUUUUCGUGGAAAUGUCCCAGGUGAGGGAGUGUCUGCUGGUCUUCUUGGAACCCAAAUGCUUUCUUCAGUGGAUCCUUGUAGGCGUCGUCCCGAGACUUCUGAGAUGAAGGUUGAUCUUGGUGUGAAGACAAAAACUCAACUUAUGGCUGAGAAAUCUAUCUUUAAGAUGUUACUUAUGACAAUUGUUGCUGCUAGUGCUGAUCCUGAGCUCCAAGAUGAAAAAAAUGAAUUUCUCAGUAAUAUUUGUCGUCAUUUUGCGCUGCUUUUUCAUGUGGAAAGCUCUUCAUCCAAUUUGUUUGUGAUGCCGGGGCAGCAUGUUGGUUCCAUGAUAUCAUCAAGCAAUAACAUGAAUUCCAGAUCAAGAGUCAAUAAUUCCAAUCUCAAGGAGUUGGAUCCUCUAAUCUUUUUGGACGCAUUAGUGGAAGUUCUUGCUAGUGAAAACAGGUUGCAUGCCAAGGCUGCUCUAAAUGCCUUAACUGUGUUUGCUGAAACACUUCUUUUUCUGGCAUGUGCCAAACAUAAUGGCAUACUAAAUUCAAGAGGUGGUCCUGGUACUCCAAUGAUGGUCUCAAGUCCAUCCUUGAAUCCUGUGUAUUCACCACCUCCAAGUGUUCGAAUACCUGUGUUUGAGCAACUUUUGCCACGCCUUUUGCAUUGCUGUUAUGGAAGCACUUGGCAAGCUCAAGUUGGAGGUGUCAUGGGACUUGGGUCUUUAGUUGGCAAAGUCUCUGUUGAGACUUUGUGCAUUUUCCAAGUGAAAAUAGUGCGGGGCCUUAUAUAUGUUCUGAAAAGGUUGCCAGUUCAUGCUAAUAAAGAGCAGGAAGAGACAAGCCAGGUCCUUACCCAAGUUCUACGUGCAGUAAAUAAUGUUGAUGAGGCAAAUAAUGACAAUCGUCGACAGAGUUUCCAGGGAGUGGUUGAAUUUCUAGCCUUGGAGCUUUUCAACCCAAAUGCACCUAUUGUUGUUAGAAAGACCGUGCAGUCAUGCUUGGCUCUUUUAGCUAGCAGGACUGGCAGUGAGGUUUCGGAGUUGCUUGAGCCUCUUUAUCCACCUCUUCUUCAGCCUCUAAUAAUGAGGCCACUUCGUACCAAAAAUGUUGAGCAACAGGUUGGAACAGUUUCUGCUUUGAACUUUUGCCUUGCAUUAAGACCUCCUCUUCUCAAAUUAACCCCAGAAUUAGUGAACUUUUUGCAAGAAGCAUUGCAAAUCGCUGAGGCUGAUGAGACCGUGUGGGUUGCAAAGCCUUUGAACCCUAAGGUGGUCACCACAUUAAACAAGCUCCGUACAGCAUGCAUCGAACUUCUUUGCACUGCAAUGGCUUGGGCAGAUCUCAAAACUCCAAAUCAUACAGAGUUGCGUGCUAAAAUCAUUACUAUGUUUUUUAAGUCUCUGACUUGUCGGACGCCGGAGAUUGUCUCUGUUGCAAAGGAAGGGCUUCGUCAGGUUGUUCAACAACAAAGAUUGCCCAAGGAACUUCUUCAGGGCAGCUUGAGACCUAUAUUGGUUAAUUUGGCACAUACGAAAAGUCUUACUAUGCCUUUAUUACAAGGUCUAGCUCGCCUUCUUGAACUUCUGUCGAACUGGUUCAAUAUCCAGUUGGGUGUCAAGUUAUUGGAUCACUUAAGGAAAUGGCUGGAACCAGAAAAGCUUGCUCAAACUCAGAAGUCCUGGAAAGCUGGGGAUGAGCCAAAGGUUGCAGCAGCCAUGAUUGAGCUCUUCCAUCUCCUCCCUCAGGCAGCAGUGAAAUUCUUAGAUGAACUUGUAACUAUAAUUGUUGAUUUGGAAGGAGCACUUCCUCCAGGGCAAUUUUAUAGUGAAAUUAAUAGUCCAUAUCGGCUUCCUCUUGCCAAGUAUUUGAACCGUUAUGCAACAGAUGCUGUGGAUUAUUUCCUUGACAAAUUAAGCAAUCCAAAAUAUUUCAGAAGGUUUAUGUAUAUAAUCUGUUCAGAUAUUGGACAACCUUUAAGAGAAGAACUUGCUAAGUUACCACAUAAGAUACUUGGGAAUGCCUUUCCCCAAUUUAUUCAGCAGUCAGAUGGGACUAUUACUCAAUCUUCAGCCUCUUUAAUUACCAAUGAAGGUCUUACUCCAGACAGUUCUAGUAAUCCAACUUUACCUGUGUACUCCGAUGGUUAUUUUCAUGGAUUGGAGCUUAUUUCGACUCUAGUCAAGUUGAUGCCAGAUUGGCUGCAUGAAAAUCGGAUUGUAUUCGAUACAUUACUCCUUGUCUGGAAGUCACCAGCAAGGAUUGCUCGUUUGCAAAACGAACAAGUUUUGAGCUUACUCCAGGUAAAGGAAAGCAAGCAGCUUGUUAAGUGUUUUCUGAAUUACUUGAGGCAUGAUAAAUCUGAAGUUGGUGUACUCUUUGAUAUGCUGUCAAUUUUCUUAUUCCGAACUCGCAUUGACUUUACCUUUUUGAAGGAAUUUUAUAUAAUUGAGGUGGCAGAAGGUUAUGCUCCCAACUUAAAGAAAGCGAUUCUUCUGCAUUUCUUGAAUGUCUUCCAGUCAAAACAAUUUGGUCAAGAUCACCUGGUCAUUGCUAUGCAAAUUCUCAUCCUUCCAAUGUUGGCACACUCUUUUCAAAAUGGUCACAGUUGGGAAGUUGUGGACCAGUCAAUAAUAAAAACCAUUGUCGAUAAACUUCUUGACCCGCCAGAGGAGAUUAGUGCUGAAUACGAUGAGCCUUUGAGGAUAGAACUUCUACAGCUUGCUACAUUGCUGUUGAAGUACCUACAGAAUGAUCUUGUUCAACAUCGCAAAGAGCUUAUAAAAUUUGGUUGGAAUCAUCUUAAGCGCGAGGAUAAUUCCAGCAAACAAUGGGCAUUUGUGAAUGUAUGCCACUUCCUAGAAGCCUAUCAAGCUCCUGAAAAAAUUAUCCUUCAGGUUUUCAUUGCCUUGCUGCGAACUUGUCAACCAGAAAAUAAGCUUCUAGUUAAACAAGCCCUUGACAUACUAAUGCCUGCACUUCCUCGGAGGCUACCACCAGGAGAAAGUCGUGUACCAAUAUGGAUUCGUUAUACCAAGAAAAUACUUGUUGAAGAAGGUCAUUCAAUUCCUAAUAUGAUACACAUCUUUCAGCUGAUUGUUCGACAUGCGGAUCUCUUUUAUAGCUGCCGAGCACAAUUUGUUCCUCAGAUGGUAAACUCCUUAAGUCGGCUAGGUCUGCCAUUUAACAGUCCUCCUGAAAACAGACGCCUUGCUAUUGAACUUGCUGGCUUAGUUGUUGCUUGGGAAAGGCAAAGACAAAAUGAAAUGAAAGUUGCGCCAGGUUCUGAAGGUUAUAACCAGACAGGUGAUUCAUUGCAUGCUGUUGCUAUAGUUGCUGACUCAAAGUGCCCAUCAGAUACUUCUGUAUUUCCUGAUGACAUAAGCAAGCGAGUGAAGGUUGAACCAGGACUCCAGUCUCUUUAUGUCGUGUCACCUGGUGGAGCAUCAAUACCAAGCAUCGAGACACCUGGAACUGCUGGCCAAUCUGAUGAAGAAUAUAAACCAAAUGCAGCAAUGGAAGAAAUGAUAAUUACAUUUCUUAUUAGGGUUGCUUUGGUAAUAGAAUCUAAGGAUAAAGAAUCAACUUCUAUGUAUAAACAAACUCUGGAGUUACUGACUCAAGCUUUGGAGGUGUGGCCAAAUGCGAAUGUUAAGUUCAACUAUCUAGAAAAGUUGCUUGGACAACUUCCACCUCCGCAGGCUCCUCAAUCCAAAGAUCCAGCAACAGCUCUUGCACAGGGGCUUGAUGUCAUGAACAAGGUCUUGGAGAAGCAGCCACGUAUAUUCAUCCGCAACAACAUAAAUCAUAUCUCACAGAUAUUGGAGCCUUGCUUCAACAGUAAAACAUUGGAUGUUGGAAAAUCUCUUUGUACCUUGCUCAAAAUGGUAUUUACUACCUUUUCACUUGAAGCGUCUGGUACACCACAGGAGGUUAAGUUACUAUAUCAAAGGGCUGGAGAGCUUGUACAGAAACAUCUAGCAGCAGUCACAGCUCCUCAAAUAUCUCUGGAGACUAGCAAUGCUAACUCAAUGAUUACUUUUGCUCUCCUUGUUGUUAAGACUUUGACUGAAGUUCAGAAGAACUUUAUUGAUCCAUUCAUUCCUAUGCUGCUUCGUGUACUUCAGCGUUUAGCACGAGAUAUGGGAAGCUCUUCUGGUUCACAUAUCAGACAAGGACAACGGGCAGAGGUUGAUCCAUUAAUCAAUGCACGUUCAGCAGUCGACUCAUCUUCUGCCAUUUCAAACAUAAAAUGUCUCUUGAACCUUGUAACUGAAAGAGUCAUGCAGUCACAUGAGUGUAAAAGGUUAAUAUGUCAAAUUCUGCAAGCUCUGCUUUCUGAGAAGGCUACAGAUUGCAGUGUGCUUUUGUGUGUCCUUGACACGGUGAAGGUGUGGAUUGAAGAUGAUUACAAAUAUUCCUCUUCUAGUGCAUCAAGUUCAGCUCUAACUCAAAAGGAGAUAGUUUUCUAUAUGCAAAAGCUAUCAUUAGUUGAAUGGAAAAAAUUUCCUGCAGCUUCACAAGAAGAAUGGCAUGGAAAAUAUUUACAACUUCUCUAUGAACUUUGUGCAGACUCGAAAAAGUAUCCUUUGCUCCUUUGCCAGGAAGUGUUCCAGAAGGUUGAAAGGCAGUUUAUGUUGGGUCUAAGAGCCAAAGAUCCAGUAGUUAGACAAAGAUUUUUCAUGCUGUAUCAUGAAUCACUUCCUAAAUCUCUAUUUAGCAGAUUGCAUUUUAUCAUCCAAAAUCAGGACUGGGAAGCUGCAAGUGAUGUUUUUUGGCUAAAGCAGGCCCUUGACCUUCUGUUGGCGAUCUUAGUAGAGAAAGAGCCCAUCAUGCUAGCACCAAAUUCAGCACGUGUGCCACCAGUAAUGGCAUCAGGAAGUUUUCCUGAGAUGUAUAACGUCCAGCACACAUCUGAUUCGUCAGAUUGUACAGAUGGAGGUUCCCUUACUUUUGACUCUCUUGUGUCUAGACAUGCACAUUUUUUGUCUGAAAUGUGUAGACUUCAGGUGGCUGAUCUUGUCACCCCCCUGAGAGAACUGUCUUAUGCGGAUGCUAAUGUUGCAUAUCACAUGUGGGUUUUAAUAUUCCCCAUUGUCUGGGUGACUUUACAGAAAGAUGAACAAGUUGCACUUGCCAAACCAAUGAUAACUCUGUUGUCAAAGGAUUACCACAAAAAGCAGCAAGGUAGUAGACCUAAUGUUGUGCAAGCCCUACUUGAAGGGCUUCAUCUGAGCCACCCACAACCGAGGAUGCCGAGUGAGCUUAUCAAAUAUAUUGGAAAAACUUAUAAUGCUUGGCAUAUUUCAUUAGCUUUAUUAGAGAGUCAUGUCAUGCUGUUCAUGAAUGAGGCUAAAUGUUCUGAAUCACUGGCAGAACUAUAUCGACUUCUUAAUGAAGAAGAUAUGAGGUGUGGAUUGUGGAAAAGAAGAUCAAUUACUUCUGAAACAAGACUUGGAUUAUCACUGGUUCAACAUGGUUAUUGGCAGCGGGCACAAAAUCUUUUUCACCAGGCAAUGAUCAAAGCAACACAAGGUACAUACAACAACAUUGUUCCUAAGGCAGAGAUGUGUCUUUGGGAAGAGCAAUGGCUUUCCUGUGCUAGUCAGUUAAGUCAAUGGGAUGCCUUGGCUGAUUUUGGCAAGAGUAUAGAAAAUUAUGAAAUUCUUCUUGAUUGCCUGUGGAAGGUUCCUGACUGGACUUAUUUGAAAGAGAGUGUGAUUUCUAAGGCUCAAGUAGAGGAGACCCCUAAGUAUCGUCUAGUUCAAGCCUUUUUUUCUCUUCAUGACAUGAAUGCUAGUGGUGCCAGUGAAGCUGAAAACAUCGUGGCCAAAGGAGUUGACCUUGCAUUGGAGCAAUGGUGGCAGUUGCCUGAAUUUUCUGUUCAGUCUCGAACACCUCUGUUGCAGCAGUUUCAGCAAUUAGUAGAGGUUCAAGAAUCUGCAAGAAUACUUUUGGACAUUGCAAAUGGGAAUAAACAACCCUCGGGAAGUUCAGGUGGCAAUAUGAGCAAUAUAUACGGUGAGCUCAAAGAUAUCCUUGAGACUUGGAGACUGCGCACGCCUAAUGAAUGGGAUAACAUGUCUGUUUGGUAUGAACUACUGCAAUGGAGAAAUGAGAUGUAUAAUGUUGUGAUAGAAGCAUUCAAAGACUAUUCUCAGACCAAUCCACAACUUCAUCAUCUUGGUUAUCGUGAUAAGGCUUGGAAUGUUAAUAAACUUGCUCAUGUAGCUCGUAAGCAAGGGCUCUAUGAUGUAUGUGUAAAAAUCUUGGACAAGAUGUACGGUCUUUCUACAAUGGAAGUGCAGGAAGCAUUUGUCAAGAUAAGAGAGCAAGCAAAGGCUUACUUGGAAACAAGAGGAGAAUUAAUCAAUGGUCUUAAUUUGAUCAAUAAUACUAAUCUUGAAUAUUUUCCUGUAAAACACAAAGCAGAAAUAUUUCGCAUCAAAGGUGAUUUCUUAUUAAAAAUGAAUGACUCUGAGAAUGCUAAUCUUGCAUAUUCCAAUGCCAUAAGUCUAUUUAAGCAUUUGCCAAAAGGAUGGAUAAGUUGGGGAAACUACUGUGACAUGGUUUACAAGGAGACACGUGAUGAGUUGUGGUUAGAGUACGCUGUGAGCUGCUUCUUUCAAGGCAUAAAAUAUGGUGUUUCCAAUUCGAGCAGCCAUCUGGCACGUGUUCUAUACCUUCUUAGUUUUGAUACACCAAAUGAAUCUGUCGGGAAGGUAUUGGAUAAGUAUUUGGAUCAGUUACCACAUUGGGUUUGGCUUUCUUGGAUACCACAACUUUUGCUUUCUUUACAAAGAAAUGAAGCUCCUCAUUGCAAGCUAGUUCUUAUGAAAGUCGCUCAAGUUUUUCCUCAGGCCUUGUAUUACUGGUUACGUACCUAUCUAAUGGAACGUCGUGAUGUUGCUAAUAAAUCUGAUUAUGGAAGGCUACAAUUAGCUCAGCAGCGAAUGCAACAAGUUGCAAUGGCAAAUAAUGCUGGUUCACAAAGCUUGGUUGAUGGUAAUCAACGAGGGACCUCUCAUCUCAGUGUUGCAUCAGAAAUUCAGACACAUCAAGGUUCUCUUGUUGCUAGUGUUGGCUCACAUGAUGGUGUAAAUUCUCAAGGACAAGAAUCUGAAAGAUCUGGAACUAUGGAAGGUAAUGCCAAUAGUGUGCAGGACCAAACUCCACAAAAUCCAAUUUCUGCUGAAGGUGCUCAUAUUCCUUUAAGACGCAAUGGCGGACUUGGUUGGGUGGCUUCUGUCGCAAGUGCUUUUGAUGCAGCAAAAGAUAUAAUGGAGACUCUUAGAAACAAACAUCAAAACUUGGCCAGUGAAUUAGAGGUUUUACUAUCUGAAAUUGGUUCAAGAUUUGUGCCGCUUCCUGAAGAACGGUUACUAGCAGUUGUUAAUGCAUUGCUUCAUCGUUGUUACAAGUAUCCUACAGCAACAACUGGUGAGGUGCCGCAGUCUUUGAAAAAGGAGCUUUCUGGUGUAUGCAGAGCCUGUUUUUCAGCAGACGCUGUGAACAAGCAUGUUGAAUUUGUAAGAGAGUAUAAACUAGAAUUUGAGCGAGAUCUUGAUCCAGAGAGAGCGGCAACCUUUCCUGCUACUCUCUCUGAAUUAACAGAACGUUUGAAGCAUUGGAAGAAUAUUCUUCAGCUUAAUGUUGAAGACAGGUUUCCUGCUAUCUUGAAACUUGAAGAAGAAAGUAAAGUAUUGCAUGAUUACCAUGUUGUCGAUGUAGAAAUGCCAGGACAGUAUUUCACUGACCAGGAAGUUGCACCUGAUCAUACAGUUAAGUUAGACAGGGUUGGGGCAGAUAUUCCAAUUGUGCGGAGGCAUGGAAGCAGCUGCCGCCGCUUGACACUAAUAGGAUCUGAUGGUUCCCAGCGCCAUUUCAUUGUUCAGACAUCAUUGACUCCAAAUGCUAAGAGUGAUGAGCGUAUGGUUCAGAUAUUUCGUGUACUUAACAGGAUGUUUGAUAAGCACAAGGAAUCAAGGCGCCGUCAUCUAACUAUUCAUACACCAAUAAUAAUACCUGUUUGGUCACAGGUACGAAUGGUGGAAGAUGACUUGAUGUAUAGUACAUUUCUUGAGGUCUAUGAGAUUAAUUGUGCACGCCAUAAUAGGGAGGCUGAUAUCCCCAUUACUUUAUUUAAGGAACAUCUUAACCAAGCCAUUUCGGGGCAUGUCACACCUGAAGCAGUUUUAGAGUUGCGCUUACAGGCAUAUAAUGAAAUUACAAAAAAUGUGGUGAAUGAUAACAUAUUUUCUCAAUACAUGUACAAGACUCUCCCAAGUGGCAAUCAUUUUUGGACAUUCAAGAAACAAUUUGCUGUCCAACUGGCACUCUCUUGCUUUAUAUCGUACAUGUUACAGAUUGGUGGCAGGUCUCCCAAUAAGAUUCUAUUUGCUAAAAAUACUGGCAAGAUAUUUCAAACGGAUUUUCAUCCUGCUUAUGAUGCGAAUGGAAUGAUUGAGUUCAAUGAGCCAGUACCCUUCAGAUUGACAAGAAAUAUGCAAACAUUCUUCUCUCAGUUUGGGGUGGAGGGUCUCAUUGUAUCUGCAAUUUGUGCUGCUGCUCAGUCAAUAAUCUCGCCAAAGCAAAGCCAUCAUAUAUGGCAUCAUCUUGCUAUGUUUUUUAGAGAUGAGCUUCUUUCUUGGUCAUGGAGAAGGCCCUUAGGAACUCCACCUGCCACAGUUGCUGCAGGAGGGGUCAACCAGCUGGACUUCGAGCAGAAAGUGGCGACCAAUGUUGAGAAUGUCGUUUCACGUAUUAAAUCAAUAGCGCCACAAUGUUUUCCCGAAGAGGAUGACAAUACUACUGACCUGCCACAGUCUGUCCAAAGAGGUGCGACCGAUCUAGUAGAAGCAGCCUUGGAACCGAGGAAUCUUUGCAUGAUGGAUCCAACAUGGCACCCAUGGUUCUAACUUCUCUCUCUGAUAUUUCUAAUUUACGACAUCAGUAGGCGAGCCAAAUUUUUAGGUUAUGGCCAACAUGAGAUUAUUUUGUAAAUAUUUAGAUUUUUUUUUCAUCUGUAUAUAAUUUAUUCAGAAGUAUCGUUCGAUAAUUUUCUUUUUUCCCUCUAGUUUA